GCGGCGCGCGCCGCGCUGAGGGGCCGCGGGCGCCGGGAGCGCAGGUCUCCCGGGUGCCGGGCCCGGGACAGCGGGGCCCAGAGCUGCCAUGACGACAGGCGACUGCUGCCACCUCCCCGGCUCCCUGUGCGACUGCCCGGGCAGCGCUGCCCUGUCCAAGUCUGUGGAGGAGUCGGACAUGGGCCGCCCUCAGUACAUCACGCAGGUCACGGCCAAGGACGGCCGGCUCCUCUCCACCGUCAUCAAGGCGCUGGGCGCCCAGAGUGAUGGUCCCAUCUGUCGAAUCUGUCAUGAAGGUGGAAAUGGGGAGGGACUGCUUUCCCCAUGUGACUGCACAGGAACACUGGGCACCGUGCACAAGAGCUGCCUGGAAAAAUGGUUAUCCUCCUCCAACACAAGUUACUGUGAGCUCUGCCACACUGAAUUUGUUGUAGAAAGAAGACCAAGACCCUUGACAGAGUGGCUGAAGGACCCCGGGCCCCGCAAUGAGAAGAGGACGCUGUUCUGUGACAUGGUGUGUUUCCUGUUCAUCACUCCCCUGGCGGCCAUCUCGGGCUGGCUGUGCCUGCGCGGCGCCCAGGACCACCUGCAGUUCAACAGCCGCCUGGAGGCCAUCGGACUCAUAGCACUCACUAUAGCACUUUUCACCAUCUACGUCCUCUGGACACUGGUCUCGUUCCGCUACCACUGCCAGCUGUACUCGGAGUGGCGAAGGACCAACCAGAAAGUCCGGCUGAUGCUCCCGGCCUCGCGGAGCCCCCACCCCGUGCCCCACUCCCUGCUCUCCGCCAAGCUCAUGAAGAAGGCCGCGGAUGAGACCACGGUCUGAGCCGUGCCACGGGCGGCCACGGCGCAGGGUCGGGCAUCCCCACAGGCCCAGGGACCGUGGCAGCUGUGGGGGCACUGGAAAACAAUCAUCCCACCCAAAGGCACUCUGCC